GUGAGCAAAACAGGCGGAAAGUAAAGUGGUGGCAUUGGGGAUCUUCUUGCUGAGAGCCCCGUUUGGGCUUUUAUAUGUGGAAUAAGAUUAAAUAUAUAACUUUAAUUGACUUAAAAUUUACCCAGUCGGACAAGUUUCAGUUUGAGGAUUUUAAAAUGGCGUUGAAAACCCUCGAGCUGAAUUCAACGAUCUCUUCUGUGUCGGUCUACACUUUGGAAAAUUCGGGAAAACUUUUGGUCGACUCAAGCACUUCCGGUCCAUUUCCUGGUGCCAAUAUCACCUAUGUGGACAUCUACCUUCAUGAUCGCUUUGUGUCUACCAUCUUCAUUGUAUCCUACCUUCUCAUUUUCGUUAUGUGUAUGGUUGGUAAUGGAGUGGUGUGCUUUAUUGUCCUGAGACGCAAACAUAUGCGCACUGUCACCAACCUGUUCAUUCUCAACCUGGCCAUCAGUGAUCUCCUGGUUGGGAUUUUCUGCAUGCCCACCACCUUAGUUGAUAACAUCAUUACAGGAUGGCCAUUUGGAAGUUUGGUGUGCAAGCUGAGUGGGAUGGUACAAGGAAUAUCUGUGUCUGCUUCUGUCUUCACACUGGUAGCCAUUGCUGUGGACAGGUUUCGUUGCAUUGUUUACCCCUUCAAGCAGAAGCUGAAUAUUUCCACCUCCACUCUCAUAAUUGCAGUCAUUUGGGUACUGGCUAUCUCCAUUAUGUGUCCAUCAGGUGUCAUGCUGCAGGUCACUAAGGAGAGCCAAAUCCUCAUUUUAUUAGGGGAUGGUAAUUCUACAAAGCCAUUCUACUGGUGCCAUGAGAACUGGCCCAACAAGGAAAUGCGCAAAAUCUAUACCACUGUGCUCUUUGCCAAUAUCUAUUUGGGUCCACUCACCCUUAUUGUCAUUAUGUAUGCCCGCAUUGGUCUCACACUCUUCAAGACAGCCACUCCCACCUCUGCAAACCAAGAAUCUAGUACCAGCUUCGGAUCUGGCUCGAGAAACCCAAGUGGCUAUGAAACUCGCCAACUAGCAUCAAGGAAAAAGAAGCAUGUAGUUAAGAUGUUACUGGUUGUAGCAUUGUUGUUCAUUCUGUCCUGGUUGCCUUUGUGGACGCUGAUGAUGCUGAGUGAUUAUGCCAGCCUGAAUGAGUUCCAGCACCGGCUGAUAAACAUCUACAUCUACCCUUUGGCCCAUUGGUUGGCUUUUUGCAACAGCAGCAUCAAUCCUAUCAUUUAUGGCUUCUUCAAUGAAAACUUCCGCAGGGGGUUCCAAGCUGCCUUUAAACUACAGCUUUGUUCAGGGCAGCACAGCAUGAGCAGAACUUACUUGCACCGUGUGCAGGGUAAUGCUGUCCUACCAAUCAAUCUGAAUUUGGAGACAGGCAGUGGGCCGAGCCAAAGACUGGAAAUGUCCAAAAUAUUAGGUAAAAACAAUGAUAAAAGUUUGGUGAGGAACAGCCAGCUCUCAGGAAAGAAGAAGCAGAAAGAGCAAAACAUGAUCAUGGAGAAUCUAGAAAAGGUAUGUAUAAACAAGAAGGACUGAAUAUCGUGCACAUGUGCGAUUGCAUUCAUAUGCAUAUUGUACACUAGUCUAUUAGUUAAUUGACUAGCAUACCUGAAAUUGCUGAAUGGAGAGUGAGAGAGAGAGAGAGAAGUACAGAAUAUGGCCAAAAGUUAGUGGACACCUGACCAUCAAUCCAAAUAUUGGUCUUCCCCAAACCCAAAAACACACACUCAGAGAACUCAGAGUCCCCUCCGAGUGGACAUAUCAAAUAUACUGAGUAGAAUUUAAGUAAGGAAAAUUAAAGUCACCAAAAAAGGGAAAAAAGUGGAUUUCAUUCAAAAGGCAGUGUACUUACAGUAACUUAGUUUAGCUUAGAUAUUUAGUAAAUAUCAUUUAAAUUUUAACAAAAUUCUUAGUAGAUUGAAACUAUUUUCAGUCAGAAUAAUGAGUAAGUGUAACGCUUGUUUUUGUUCAAAUUGCUUUAAAUUUACUAAAUGUAUUUACUUAUAUCAACUCAUAAUUUACUAUAUUAUUAAUAAAUGCAACACAAUUUAGCUAUUGCUUUCAUCACAAUACACAAGACCUAAUGUUUUGAUUAAAUUUACAUUAUUAUUAUAUUACAACUUAUUUAAUACAUCAACUCAUAAUUCUGACACUUAAAAUCUACCAGUUGUAUCACCCUCUAGUUCUCGGCGUGAGGCCAACCGCCUACACCCUCCUCAGGGCCGCUCUUCUCAGACCACAGAUACAAAUUUAACACAGACUUUGAGUAUAACAGGUGUCUGCUUACCUGUCU